GUUCUUUAGAGGUUAAGCAGCGCGGGAGGGAAGGUAGCAGGCGGCUAACAGAACCAGACCGGGUCCACAUGCAGGAGUCGCUUUGGUCGCGCUCACACAGCUAGUUUAGUGCAGCAGCUCCGGCCCAUGUUCCUGUUGCCAGACGCUGCGUCAUGGCUGGGCUGAUCAACUUUGAGGAUGAGAAGGAGGUGAAGCAGUUCCUGGACAACCUGGGAGUGGAGUACAGUUACCAGUGCUACAAGGAGAAGGACCCUGAAGGGUGCCAAAGGCUGGCAGACUAUUUGGACGGCGUGAAGAAAGACUACGAUUCUGCAGCGCAAGUCCUGAAACACAACUGUGACACAAACGGACACUCGGAGAGCUGCUAUAAACUCGGAGCUUACCAUGUCACCGGCAAAGGUGGAGUGACCGAGUGUCUGAAAACCGCCUACUCCUGCUUCAUGCGCUCCUGCAACGCUGGAGGAAAGAAGUCCAUAGACGCUUGCCAUAAUGUCGGUCUGCUGGCCCACGACGGGCGAGCUCUGGACAGCGACCCCGACGCCACGUUGGCCCGGGAGUACUACGAGAAGGCCUGCGCCGGCGGCUUCGCACCUUCCUGCUUCAACCUCAGCGCCAUGUUCAUCGAGGGCAACGCCAAGGGGCUGCCGCCGAACAUGAGUGAAGCCUUCAAGUACGCCAGCAGGGCUUGCGAGCUCGGACACGUGUGGGGGUGCGCCAAUGCCAGCCGGAUGUGCAAACUCGGGGACGGCACGGAGAAGGAUGAGAAGAAAGCAGAGGAUCUGAAGAACCGAGCGAGGGAGCUGCACGGUUUAGAAAAGGAAAGACAGCUGAAGUUUGGGGAGUGAUUUCAAACACGCUGCUGUCAAAUGAUGGCUUGAUUGUUUUUGUUUUUUUACACUGCCACACAAUGUUUCACUUCAGGCAGUUUUGUUGGAGUAAUUGCCCUUUAGGGAUACCAAUACACUGUUUUUUCAGUGCAUCUGUUUGCCUCACUACAGCCUGUAGAUGGGAAGAUUGUCAGAACUGUGUACAUUUGUGUGAUAUAGAAAAUUGUUGAUGUCCAAACAAUAAAUGAAUAAAAUUAUAUAUUUUUUUCUGUGCUUCUACAAUUUGUAACCUGUAGUUGUUAGAAGUACUGAUAAGGUU